AUGCCGUCUUCAAGGUUCUCCGGUCUCGAAGUGCCCAUCGAGCCGUUGAAUGCGCCAACAGCCGGUCGUGAUGGCUAUGACGGCCUCAAUCCACACAUAGAGACCCUGCCCGCUGGCUGGAAACAUCCCCAUCCAGACGCGCGCCCAUUGCCCUCCGCCAUCCUACUAGAGCACGACGUUGCCAUCAAAGUCAGAGACGGAACGACGCUCUACGCAGACGUACUGCGCCCGCCAAACACCACAGAGAAAGUGCCUGCGCUAAUAUGCUGGUCCCCCUUUGGCAAGAAGUUCAAUGGUCUCACGUCAUUGGGCUACAUGACGCCAUGGAACCUUGGCAUCCCGGCUGGCACGCUCUCCGGCCUGGAAAAGUUCGAGGCGCCUGACCCGGCGGACUGGGUUCCCCGCGGCUAUGCCAUCGUCAACAUCGACACGCGCGGUGCCUUUGACAGCGGCGACGAGAACACACCAAUGGUCAUCAUGGGCGGCCAAGAAGCCGAAGACGGGUAUGAUGCCAUCGAAGCCGUGGCGGCGAUGUCCUGGUGUAGCGGCAGCGUCGGACUCGCAGGAAACUCGCACCUCGCCAUCGCGCAGUGGUUCAUCGCGGCGCUGCGACCGCCGAGCUUGAAGGCCAUUGCGCCGUGGGAAGGGUGCGGAGACUUGUACCGCGAGCAGUUUGCGCGGGGAGGCGUGUACGCUGGCGACUUGUUUGACGAGCUCAUCAUUAAGCACAUGCUGAAAGGCCGCGGCGGGAUCGAAAGCUUCCGCGAGAUGUACGCGCAGCAUCCGCUUGCUAAUGCCUGGUGGAACGACAAGAGGCCGGACAUGAAGCGGAUUAAUGUGCCAACGUAUAUCACGGGCACGUGGACGAACACAAUGCAUGGUAUGGGUGCAAUCCGGGCCUGGUUGGAGGUGCAGUCGAAGGAGAAGUGGUUGAGAUGGCAUCCGUGGCAGGAGUGGUUUGACCUUUGGGGGAACGCGCAGGCCAAGGAUGAGUUGUUUGCGUUCUUUGACCGGUACCUCAAGGGCGUCGAUAACGGAUGGGACAAGACGCCCAAGGUGAGAAUGUCUCUGCUGCGGUUUGGCGAGAAAACUCCCCAGGCGAUUGAGAAUAUCGUUGAGGAGGAUUUUCCGCCUGCGCGAACGCAGUACAAGGAGUUCUUCCUCGGCACGGGAGAGACGCUCAUCUCUACUACUGCGCCAGAGACGAAGACGACGGUCAGCUACGAUUCCGAGUCUGGCGGGAACGUCAGCUUUACUCAUACCUUUACCGAAACUACCAACAUCAUGGGCCUUCCCAAAGCAGUGCUGUACAUGUCUUGCCCAGAUCACGACGACAUGGACGUGUACGUUAUGAUCCAGAAGCUCGACAAAGAUGGGAAGCAAAUGAAGAACCUCAACAUUCCAUGGAAGGGCAUACCCGUGAACUCGUUCCAGGAAUUCAAGCCUGAGCAAGAGACGGAAGUCGUGCUGUACAAGGGCCCCGUGGGCAUCCUCCGGGCUUCUCAUCGAGCCAUUGAUGAGAACAGGAGCAUGCACCCACACUGGCCGUUCCACCCGCACGAGAAGGAGGAGAAGAUCACGCCUGGCGAGGUUGUCAGGCUGGACAUUGGGAUUUGGGCGCUCGGGGUUGAAUACGAGGCCGGCGAGAGUCUGCGGGUUGUCGUUAGCGGACAAAGCUUUGCCGUGAGUAAUUUCGGGAAGAACCAUACUCUGAAUAAGGGUCGGCAUAGCCUACACUUGGGAGGAGACCAGGCAAGCCAUAUUGUUCUUCCUUUUGUGUAG